UUUCGGACCAAACCUUAGAGAGUACUUAGAAAACAAAACAUGAUCAAAACGACGAAUUCCACAAGAGUCUCCGCGGCUCUCACGAUCAUCCUUCUCCUCGCGGGUUCGGACCACGCGUUCAAGAUUUGGCCCGACACUUACGUCACGAUCACCGACGACGUCGCUGGAGGCGUGGCCCUGACCGUGCACUGCAAGUCCAGGGACGACGAUCUCGGGACACACGUUCUGCAGUCGUGGAAAUCCACACUCUUCUACUGCAGGUUUGCAUGGACGAAAGAGGUCAGAUGGUUCGAUAUAUACGUGUCGUCGAGAGAUCAAGAUGAGUGCACCAAGUGCAAUUGGUCUAUCAGAGCAGACGGUCCGUGCAGGAUCGGGAAAGGUGGCAAGUGUUAUCAAUGGAACAAGUCUGCAAGUUUACAAACUUUGAAAUAUUAAGUGUUACAUAUAAUUUAACCCCAAAAAAAAAAAAUUGAAAGAUCGAAUAAUAAAAAAAAGAUUUUGUGUGGCAUUCACUGUAUAUUGGGUUACA